UAGGCACGUUUUUGCCAAUGGGACACUUUGAUGUUUUCUUAAACGCUUUAAAAAACAUUUUCCACAUAAUUUAAUGAGUUCAUUAUAAUUUAAUUUUAUUUUGCAAUGCAUAUUGCUUUUUCUAUGUUGUUGAUGCUUUCCCUUCGCACGAACGGGCUUCAAUAAUCGGAAUUUGCCACUUAUUGCAAGAAACUUAAAGGAUGAAAACUAAUGAACAUAUACCAAUUAUUUACAGUUUUCUACAAUUUUUUUAUUUUCAAAAUCACAUAAUAAUAUUGAAAUGUGAUAAAAUUUAAAGAAUUUGCAAAUAAAACAAUCGAUAAAUUAAACGUAAAUUUAUCGACGUUUUAGAAAAGUUAUCUAAUAGAAAAGUGAAUUGUUAUAAAUUUUAAAGUGAAAUUACGGCUCUUUAAUAAGUUAUAAUCAAAAAUCCGGUUAAAUUAAUAAAUUGAACAAUGUUGGAGCAUAAAUUUACGAUCGACUGUCGUGUCCAACGACGAACGAUUGGUAAACAAAUAGUGAAAAGCAAACAGAACUACACAGGUGAUUAUUGUGGAAAUGUGAAGUGACGUGUUGACUUUGUUUUUGUGACAGAAAAGUGGUGGACGGUGGAAUUUUCUUGAAUAACGCGAAUUUUCUCAAAAAUUAUUUCAAUUAAUAAAACUAAAUUUAUUUGAUGGCAAAGACGGAAGGAGCAAGAGUAUGAAUCAAUUGCAGAUAUCGAAAAAAUCUUGGACAAUGUCUAUGCAAAAACGUAUUGUUUAUAUACUCACGCUUGCGAUUUGUGUUUUAUUAUGCAGCGUAAUUGCAGACUCAAGUGAUAUCAAUGUCGUCGAGAAAUCAGUAAUCAAUAGCAGCUCAGUAAAUAAUACAAUACAAUCAGUCGAAUCAAUCUCUGUUCAAAAUACAUCAUCUGGUCAGAAUGAUGGUGGUAACAAUGGCGCACAAAGUAUAGCCACUAUAGACGUGCAGAAUGCUUUGAAAAUAAAUACUACAACUAACCAACUAAAUGUUCCAAACGCAAACGCAACUAAGGAUCUAAUAGAUAACACAAGUGCUACCAAGGAAAUUCAAACAAACAAGACAACUACUACAACAGUGUCUUCUGCAAACGUUACGCAAAAUGUGACAACACCUACCGCAGAUCCACCACUACCAGAUCAGCAUGCUGUGGAACAAGAACACAAUUCUUCUUUGUCUAUUUUCUUCGUAAUCUGCGUUAUUAUGCUUGGAAUUUUGCUGAUACAUUCAAUGCUACAGACGGGAUUCCAAUAUUUACCAGAAAGUAUUGUUGUAGUGUUUCUGGGAGCACUCAUUGGGCUUUUACUCAAAGUUAUGUCGGGCGAAAAUGCUAGUUGGAAGCGAGAAGAAGUGUUUUCCCCAACAGGAUUCUUUCUGGUCCUACUACCGCCGAUCAUAUUUGAAUCUGGUUAUAAUUUGCAUAAAGGCAACUUUUUCCAAAAUAUUGGUUCUAUAUUAGUAUUCGCAAUAUUUGGCACAACAAUCUCGGCACUGGUUAUAGGAGCUGGCUGUUAUCUGCUAGGUGUAGCAGAGGUCGCUUAUAGGUUGGACUUCUCCGAAUCAUUCGCCUUCGGUUCGUUGAUAUCAGCGGUGGACCCAGUAGCAACUGUUGCUAUAUUUCACGCAUUGGACGUAGAUCCCAUACUAAACAUGUUGGUGUUUGGUGAAAGCAUUUUGAAUGACGCUAUCUCUAUUGUACUGACCACCUCAAUUACACAGUCGGCUAACACACCUGCAAAUACGCAAGCAACAACUGGUCAGGAGAUCUUUGCAGCGCUUAAAACAUUUUGCGAAAUGUUCUUCGCUUCUGCCGGCAUCGGUGUCAUUUUCGCGCUCAUAUCGGCUCUGCUAUUAAAACAUGUUGAUCUGCGCAAACACCCAUCACUGGAAUUUGCUAUGAUGUUGAUGUUCACCUAUGCGCCCUAUGUAUUAGCGGAGGGCAUACAUCUGAGUGGAAUUAUGGCCAUACUAUUUUGUGGCAUAGUCAUGUCUCACUACACGCAUUUCAAUCUUUCCACCGUCACACAAAUAACAAUGCAACAAACUAUGCGUACGCUAUCUUUCAUUGCUGAAACCUGUGUUUUCGCAUAUCUGGGCUUAGCAAUAUUCUCUUUCAAGCAUCAAGUAGAGCUAUCCUUUGUGAUUUGGUCGAUUGUGCUGUGCUUAAUAGGGCGAGCAUGUAACAUAUUCCCACUAGCCUUCUUGGUUAAUAAAUUUCGUGAGCAUAAAAUCACCAACAAAAUGCAGUUCAUCAUGUGGUUUUCCGGUUUACGUGGUGCCAUUUCAUAUGCUCUCUCUCUACAUCUGGAUCUGCCAAAUGACGAGACGCGCCGAGUACUCAUCACUACAACACUAAUUAUUGUGCUCUUCACAACACUGUUUUUCGGUGGAUCCACCAUGCCGCUAUUAAAAUAUCUCAAACCUGGCAAAAAGCGUCGUUCACGCUCCGGACGUAAUGCGAAUUCGGUAACUGUAGCACGACGAAGCGCCUCGCGUUCACGAAAACGCUCCAAAUCCAUUUCAUUAUCGAAGACACGUGAAUGGGGGCAAGCUAUUGAUUCAGAGCAUCUGUCCGAGUUGACUGAGGAAGAAGAUGUGUCAUUCGCUCAAACGCGCGUCGGUGGAUUCGGCCGCAUGGAUCGCAAAUUUUUCAUACCAUUCUUUACGCGUCGCUUCAACAGCCAAGAGCUACAUGAGUGCAAAUCGCAAAUGGCUGAUUUGACCAACAAAUGGUAUCAAGCGAUACGUAUCAGUCCACUGGAUUCGGACGAAUCGGAUGAGGAACUUGGCAUGUCGGCGAGCACGAGUCAGAGCACAUUGAGUGCGCCUCGCACCUAAAUUCUAAGUUGGAAAAGUCAGGAUAUUACACGUACACAUUUGCCAAAUGAAAGCUGGGAUUUUUUUUUGUCUAGUUCAAAGUCAUAAAGCUAGUAAUUUAAGAGUCUAGUGAAAAUAUUUUAUUUCUUAUACAUUUUAUUAAAUAGCAUUUAUUUCUGCACGCGGUGUGCUGCAAGGCUCAAACGAAUGGUGGCGGGUUUCAAAAUGUUUUUUUUUUUUUUUUUUUUGUUAAAUUACUGUUAUUGAUUUUAUUUAUAAAAAUAUAUAUUUAUAUGCGAAGAACGUGCGAUAUGAGUGAGCUAUGCUAAGCAUAACAAAUUUUCGCUUUCUAAACGCCAACUUCAACUAAUCUUAAGUUAUAAACUUUCAAGUAUUUUUAUGUCGCAAUUAGCGAAACUAUUUGCUUUAACUUAAUGAACAAAUGCUUCAAGCUAACAGGCCUGUUCAUGACCAAACUCUACGUUGAAUUGCAUUUAAGCUUGAAUGCAGCCAUAUUCAAACUUAAACACGUGCCCUUAUUUAAGUGAAUGUUCCAAAUUUGUGUCAUUCGCCGCCUAUUUUUCAUGCACUAAUUUUUUUAAGCGCAAAGUUCUCACCAAAGAACACUAGUAAUGUAAUUAUAUACAAAAGUGAAUGUAUUAAAAAAUGUUUUUAACAAUAACAUGUGUAUAUAUUUUGUGAUUUUUUGCAACUCAAGUGAAUCGAAAACCAAAAAUUGUAUAUUAAUACAUUAAAUAAAUAUUGUAAAUGACCAACCAUAGCGAAAAUUAAGAGCAAAUAAAUGUGAUAAACACUAACAAA